AUGGCUUUCAUUUGGGUUCAACAGUGGUUUGCACUUCCUACUAUCUCUUACCCAGCUCAGAUGGGUGAUUUACCUCCUGGAUCCAGGCCUCAGGCCUCGGAUGUCAUCGCAACUGGUCUUGCGCACGAUGAAAAUUCGACUUUCUAUGGCUCCUCAACCUACAAAUCUCCAGACAGCAACGCUCCGUUUUACUCUCAGCUGAGUUCGAUACCCCAAGGCCCGCCUCGGCAAGAUUUUCGCUCUUCUGUGCAUACCUCCGUGCAGUACCAGCCUCAAGACAAUCGUGUGUCUCCUCUCAAUAUGGGCUCAAUGGCUGGAGCGCUACCAGACUUUGGCUCCAGCGACGAGAGUUUAGCCAGCUCACAGGGCAUCCCACGGACGCUCUCUGGCGCAUCACCGUCCGCCAUAGCUUACCAACUCGGGCAGAAUCUGCAAAUGCCCACGCACAUGUCCGGCAACUUUCCUGUUCACCAACCUUAUCCAUCUUCGUAUGCUGCGGGCCCAUACCAGCAGGGUUUUGUACAUACGCAAGGUUCUCAACAGGGUGCUUAUCCUCCUUUUGCGGCAAACCAGCAACGCCUCUCCGGACCAAAUUCGAUGCAACCCCCAUAUCAACACUAUCAACAGCCUUCACAGUUUAUGUACUAUCCAGCGCCCUUUGGACAUCAGAGCCAUUACGUUCCCGGAUACCAGAUGCACGGCGCUCAGAAUCAAGCAAUCUACGGAAGAAGGGGGAGCUCGACCAGUGCAUCAUUUGCCAUGCCUGGCCAGAACAUCGAGCCAUCACAGUACGAAGGAAUCUACUCUGACCCUCGUAUGGGUCCAGGAAGUGUACAAAACAUGGGUAUGACUGGGCCUGCGUAUGGCGCACCGCAGGUUCAGAGUUCAAGUCUCCCUCGCUCAGGCCCUGUUAGCUCGAUUCCUCGCGGACCACCUCGAAAGCCAAAACAAUCCGGGCAUGCGCUCUGGGUUGGAAAUCUUCCCCCUGGCACUACAGUCAUAGCUUUGAAGGACCAUUUCUCGCGCGAGGCAACAAAGGACAUUGAGAGCUUGUUCUUGAUCUCCAAGAGUAACUGUGCAUUUGUGAACUAUCGCACAGAAGCUUCUUGCACAGCUGCUAUGCACAGGUUCCACGAUUCGCGUUUCAACGGCGUCCGUCUUGUCUGUCGGCUGCGCCGCAGUUCGACGCCGGCCUCUGGAGUGCCUACGGGGCCCUCAGCUAUGAUGGGCAGCCAGCACAGUAACUUGUCCUCACCUUCAACAACCAGGCCAGACGGCGAACCUGUAGACAGUCCGCAAAACGUCGAUCCCGAAUCUCCAACUCUCAACAACAACAACGGUGUGAAUGGCACAGGAGCAUCACAAUCCUCGAACAAAUAUUUCAUCGUAAAGAGUCUCACACUGCAGGACUUGGAGCUCAGCGUACGAAACGGGAUUUGGGCUACCCAGUCCCACAACGAGGAUAUCCUAAACAAGGCCUUUGAGUCGGCGGAAAAUGUGUAUCUUGUUUUCUCGGCGAACAAAUCCGGCGAGUAUUUCGGCUACGCUCGCAUGGCAUCAUCCAUCCUAGAAGAUGGCUCUUGUAUCAUAGGAUCGGUACCCAAACCCGAGAGUGUUGAAGAAGCACCAGAUGCGCCCAAGUCAAUCCCUACACCAGCCAUGGAGUGGGCUCCGCGAGGAAGAAUCAUCGACGAUUCGGCGCGUGGUACAAUCUUCUGGGAAGCAGAGAAUUCCGAGUCAGAAGGCGAUGACGAGACGGUUGUAAGGGAAGACACUCCAGUGGACGAUGCGUCCUCUUCGGCAGUCACUCAAAGCUGGGGCAAACCUUUCAAAGUCAAAUGGGUGUCUACAAACCGCCUGCCUUUUUACCGCACGCGCGGGCUUCGCAACCCUUGGAACGCCAACCGGGAGGUCAAGAUUGCGAGGGAUGGCACUGAGCUUGAGCCCAGUGUCGGAGAGCGAUUGGUGCAGAUGUUCCACCGUCUGGGUCCUUCGAGCGCCGCUGCGCCGAUGAUACCACUUCCUCCUCAGAUGCGGCCUUAUUAG